AUGCCUCUCAAGGAUACCCGCACCCAACUCUUCGUCGGAAACCUCCCCUACCGCGUCCGCUGGCAAGACCUAAAAGACCUCUUCCGCAAAGCCGGCACCGUCCUCCGCGCCGACGUCUCGCUCGGACCUGAUAAUCGAUCGAGAGGGUAUGGCACGGUGCUGUUGGCUUCGGCGGAGGAUGCGGGGAGGGCGGUGGAUAUGUUUAAUGGGUACUCAUGGCAAACCCGAGUCCUCGAAGUCCGCCUGGACAGGCUACCCCCCGAGCUAGGAUUAGGAGUCGGAGAACCGCCGGGGGUGGGGAGUGCAGGGUAUGCGACGCCGGUGAUGGGUGUGGGUGUGGGUGUGGGUGUUAGCAUGACGGCCGCAGGACUUGGAGGCGUUGGGAUUGGAGGCGUUGGGAUGGGAUCGGCUGGGGUGAGUGGACUUGGGGCAGGAGGUGGAGGUGGAAUGGGCGUGGGCCUCCCCUUCCACUGCCAAUGGCAAGACCUGAAAGACCUCUUCCGCCAAGCGGGCACGAUCCUCCGCGCGGACGUGGCAUUGGGGCAGGACGGAAGGUCGAGGGGGUUCGGGACGGUCGUGUUUGCGACGGAUAUGGAUGCGGAGAGGGCGGUUAAGAUGUUUAAUUGGUGA